AUGGAUCAGGGUUGUGCCAAGAGCAGCAAGUUUCGCGGUGGAUUUGCAGCGAUUGUCACAGUGGCUGUGGUGACCUUGUUCAUUGGCUUUAGAAGGUCUGCUUCUCAAACAGAAGAAAGAUCAGCGACCAAUCUCCCUUAUGACACAAUUCAGAAGUUUGACCUUUCCGGGAUGGCUACGACGAAGUGUUGGAAGAACAGAACAUUUUAUGUGGAAUCUAAUGGAGACUUCAAGAUGCCCAAGACCGGAAAUACUCGACAGGUCAGUGCGGCUGCAUGUCAAGCAUUUUGUGCCAGCACGUUUGGAUGUGAACAUUUCUCUUAUUGGCAAGAUGGUGGUUGUCUCUUGACCUCCUUCUCAGCCCAUCCCAAACCUUACCUGGGUCCCGAAGAGAAUGGUGUGAUCUCCGGUCCGCGUGAGUGCAAGCAGAUGGACAAUGGGCCCAGCAUGGUCUUCGAGGCUUCCGCCCUGGGACUCCCAGCUUUCCGAGCCAAGAAAGCCGCAGGAUGUGACAGCCUCCAUGACAUAUACCAGCUGGCAUGGAGCGCCGAGGGUGAGACCUUCUUUGAUGAUUGGCAAUUCAUCAACAAGAGCGAAACACGAGGUGCCGAAUGGUAUCUGAACAAAAGCGAAGCCUUCUUUGAAGGUGUGGUACAUGCAUCAUCUGCAGGUGCUAUCCUUCGAGUAGGUGAACAAGUGCAACCCUUCAAACGUCGAUCUGUGAUGCUUCACUCUGCGCAGGCAUGGCGACCUGAUGUGGGUUUCAUUGUGGCCAUGAAGUACAAGCAUGUGCCAUAUGGCCCUGGCAUUUGGCCAGCCUUUUGGAUGGUGAACAGCGAUGUCCGGUGGCCAAAAGGUGGAGAGUUGGAUAUCCUUGAGUAUGCGAAUGAUGAGAGUAACAAGGUGACCUUUCACACCGACCGCGCCUGCAAAUUGAAUAUCCAGAAGCUUCGGAAAUGCGCUCGGAAGAUCAAGGGCAUUGACCCCAAGAUGAUUGUGAACUGCUACACCAACUACAGUAGCAAUCAGCUGGGCUGUAUGCCGCCGCAAGUACGGAAAGAUGGCGAGUGGUACGCCAAGAAUCCAGGUGUCAUAGCCUUGCUGUGGGAUGCCAGCGGGAUCACCAGCUUCCACAUCCCUGAAGCUGAAAUCCCAGCUGACUUGGAGUCGAAUGCUCCGAAACCAAACACUUGGAAAGAUGCAUGGCGAAUGGCAUUCAUGCCAUUUGAUGCCGAGACCUGCUCGGACAUAGCCAGACCUCAAGAGAUUGUUCUCAAUAUUGCCAUCUGUGGUGACUGGGCUGGAAACUCCUGGUUUGCUUGCGAGGAGUGCAAAGCAACUGGCUAUCUUCCAGAUUAUUGCAUUCCAGGACACGUCACAGAACCUGCCACGGACUGCUGUACCCUCUAUAUCUCCAAUCCGAGCGCCGAAGAGGCGCUGAAAAGCAAAGCAUUCUUUGACAUCGAUUACAUCAAGGUGGAUUUGGGCUUGGACUUGGCGUCUCCCAGCUUUCCAAGCUCUGUCAGAUUGGAGAAGGAACCACUGGAGACUCAGGCCGUUCUGGUGUACAUCAGACUUGCCGUUGGGGCAGCUCGCGACUUCCGGACGAACGGCGCCAAGCCGCCCUUCACUCGACUCUCGGCCGAGAGCCUUGCGGGCGGCGAGCCGGCGGUGGCUGUUUCGAUGGAUCGAUACCAGGAAACUGUCGAUUCGGAGUGGUCCAAGCAAGAUUUGGAGCCUCUAGGACUCUUGUGGGCUCGCGCACCGCGCCCUCCACCAGAGGACUGGCCGGGCGUCCUGCAACUGGUGCCUCCUUUCAGUGCUCGUGCCAUCGAUGAGAUGACUAUGUUCUCACAGCCGGCCGAGCAGCUGCGUCACUUAGUGGAGGCCUGCCUGGGCAAAAGCGGUGCCAACGCGUCAAAGUCCAUCUUGGACUGUGCAGGGCGCAGCAGCAUAAGGACUCCAGGCAUGAUCGCGAUCACCGGACCUCCUGGGUCCGGAAAGACCCGCUUGGCCUCGCGAGUUCUUUCCCAGUUGGCAUCACAGGGCGUCCUGCCGUUGCAGGUGAUUUGCCGCAAACUGGGCCAACCCGGCAAGAAGUUCAGAGUAAUACAGGACUGGCUGCGAGCCAUCCUGAGCUUCGCAUGUUGGUACUCUCCCUGUGCCGUUUUGCUGGACGACUUCGGUGCUCUUUGUCCAGACGUCGAACCUGGUGCUCCCAACCUUUCAGUCACAGAGGAGCGCUCCCCAUUGAUUGCUGAGAUGCUGCUUGACCUUCUACCAGAGGUGAGAUCCAGCGGUGCCCAAGUUGCGCUGGUGGCCACCAUGCCGGAUGAUGCAGCGGUCCACCGCAUGUUGUGGUCAUGGCCAGCCCUGGAGCACAAGGUUGGGAUCAGACAACCCGAGCUGAAGGAGAGGCCAGAAAUGCUGAUGGCUCUUCUGCGGGAGAAGGAGGAUGAAGGAUGGGAGGUUGAACAUGGCCUGCUAGCAGAAGGUGCUCUUGAUGAUUGGGGUGGUCGCGUCGACGGCUUCAGUGUGGCUGACUUGGUCAGCCUUGUGGAACGCAGCUGUGUGGAGGCGACCGUGGAAGCAAGUGCAACCAGACUAAGAGGAGGAGAUGGUCAUGGACCAGAGUGGGGGGAGAGACAACGCCUCACCAUGGAUCAUCUUGAAAAGGCUUGCGAGGGCUUCGUCCCGGCGACCAUGGCAGACCAGACCUUCUUCACUUCGGAGGUGAACUUGACGGAUAUCGGGGGUUUAAACAGUGCCAAAGAGGAGCUGAUGGACAUGCUGACGAUGCCCACGAAGUAUGCCGUGCUUCUUGAUCGUGCCCCCGUUCGAACUCGAAAGGGCCUCAUGCUGGUGGGUCCACCCGGCUGUGGCAAGACCAUGCUGGUGCAAGCUGCUGCCAAAGAGACCAAGGGCCUUCUGAGGUUCUUAUCUGUCAAAGGGCCAGAGCUACUUUCCAAGUACAUUGGAGAAUCAGAAGCCGGCGUGCGGAAGGUCUUUGAGCGUGCAGCAGCGGCUGCACCUGCUGUGAUUUUCUUCGAUGAGAUCGAGGCAUUGGCACCAAAGCGUGGAGCUGACUCCACGGGCGUCACGGAUCGCGUGGUCAACCAGAUGCUGUGCUAUCUCGAUGGUGUGGAAGAUAGGGGCCGAGUCUUUGUGGUCGCCGCAACCGGCAGGCCGGACAUGGUCGACCCUGCAUUGAUGAGACCAGGUCGCUUUGACAAGAUCUGCUACUGUGGCCUGCCCUCAGAUGAUGAGAAGUUGGAGAUCUGUCAGGUGUUGGCCAGGAAGAAUGACUUGGUUGGAGACGUCCAAGUGAACGGGAAUGCACCGGCAGACCUCACUGUUUCCUUGCGCCAGCUGGUUUCUCGCUUGCCACGGCUGUUCACGAGUGCGGACAUUAGCGCGCUUUUCUCCUCGGCCAAAAUCGAAGCGGUGAAUGAGACGCUGCAGAAAGAUGGGCCAAAGGAACCAAAGAUGAGGAUGAGUCACUUGUAUGCCGCACUUGCAACUUCCAAGGCCUCCGUCUCCGAAGCGGAUGAGCGGCGCUAUGCGCAGAUCUUUGCACCCUACUGUGGAGGCAGUGGCAGUAGAGGUGCUCUAGAUCAAGAAGCCAAAUCAGUGAAGGUCGCGCUUGCAUGA